UGCCCAACCCGCCUUUGAAGGAUCUUGUGCUAACCACGAGCAGCCUUACAAUUCAUAAUGUUCAUUAUCUACUUUCCCUGAUGGGCGCUGCGCGACAGGCUAUCUUGGAGGACCGCUUCCCGGCAUUCUUACGGGAGUUCUUCAGCAAGCUGUAUGGAGACAAAUCUAAGUACCCGGAAUGGGCGGUGGGGGCGCUACGGGGGGUCGGCGUUGAUUUGAUGGAAGACUAGCAUAUAUAUCAUGUCUUUGAGCAUUAUAGAUAGCGUCUAAUGCAUAUAUCAUGGCGUUGUGAAUAGCAUGAAUAUCUCGGCCCUAAAGCUAGUAUAGAAAUGGCAAACCACGCAAACGACCCAUCACGUGCUCACGUGCCGCGUCGCGGACGCGUGUUGAUGCAACUGACGGAGAAGAUCCGAAAUCUCUCGAUUGAACCUCACAUCCUAAUACCAAACAAAGCCUUCCCACAGUUCACAACAGAAGAUACCAGCGAAAAUGUCACCCUCCGCUGAGACACCAUCAACUGGCACAAGCAACGGCAGCACGCCGAACGCCGCACACAACCCCAACCAUGAAGAACACCAAUAUCUCAACCUCAUCCGCACGAUCCUCGCCUCAGGUGAAUACCGACCCGACCGCACAGGCACAGGCACACGCUCCAUCUUCGCACCCCCUCAGCUCCGCUUCUCGCUCUCCAAGCCGGCCCCCAACCCCGCCGACGACCCCAUCCCCGUCCUGCCCCUCCUGACCACCAAGCGCGUCUUCCUCCGCGCCGUCGUCGCCGAGCUGCUCUGGUUCAUCUCCGGCUGCACCUCGUCGCAACCGCUCUCCGACCAAGGCGUCAAGAUCUGGGACGGCAACGGCAGCCGCGAGUUCCUCGACAAGGUGGGCCUGGGCCACCGCGAGGUCGGCGACCUGGGUCCCGUGUACGGGUUCCAAUGGCGACACUUCGGGGCCGAGUACGUCGACGCCAAAGCCGACUACACGGGGCAAGGGGUCGACCAGCUGGCCGAGGUCGUGCACAAGCUGAAGCACAACCCCUUCGACCGCCGCAUCAUCAUGAGCGCCUGGAACCCCGCCGACCUCAAGAAGAUGGCCCUCCCGCCCUGCCACAUGUUCGCCCAGUUCUACGUCUCCUACCCCGACGGCCCGGACCACAAGGGCCAUCUCCACUGCCAGCUCUACCAGCGCUCGUGUGACGUCGCCCUCGGCGUGCCCUUCAAUAUCGCCUCCUACGCCCUCUUGACCCACAUGCUGGCUCAUGCUGUCGACCUGCACCCCGGUACCUUUGUUCAUGCCAUGGGUGAUACCCAUGUCUACCUCGACCAUGUCGAGCCCUUGCAGGAGCAGCUGGUGCGCGAGCCGACGGAGUUCCCGGAGUUGAAGAUUUCUCGUGAUGACCGCGGUAGUGGGGUGGUUGAUGGUUGGAAGCCGGAGGAUUUCGAAGUCGUCGGGUAUAAUCCUCACAAGGCUAUCAAGAUGAAGAUGAGCGUUUAGUUACGUUUGCUUUUUUUUUUUUUUUUUUUUUUUUUUUUUUUUCUCCUCGUGCGUGAUAUACCUUGUUUUGCUUUUCCUUUCGUCCAAAAGAUAGGCUAUUUAUGAACUUAUGUAUGUAUUGGAUGUGGUCGACAAAUAUAUAGAGUGAGUUAUAUAGAUUGCUCAACGA